CAGAUCUGCAAUCCAAUGAGCCCCACCCCUGAGUCAGGGCGUGUCCUGCCCUUGUGUGUCAAGCCCCGGAGCGCUCGUGAUUAGUCUCCCCGCCACACUCGAGAGCAGCAAACGCCACGGCCUCUGGAGCAGCGGAUAACCAUCUGUUUGGGGACCUUGACGUUUAAAAUAUUAACUGAAUACUAUGGCAAAGGCUGGAAACCGGGGUACAAUCAAGGCGGCCUUGGGCUUCAGUGCUGAGGAAGAUGCACAGAAACUAAGGAAAGCCAUGAAGGGGCUUGGUACAGAUGAAGAUGCCAUCAUCGAUAUCGUGGCCAAGAGGAGUAUAUACCAACGUCAGCAAAUUCUAAUCACCUAUAAAUCCACUAUUGGCAGGGAUUUGAUUGGCGAUUUGAAGUCUGAGCUGAGUGGGAAUUUUGAGAAGGUGAUAAUAGGAUUGAUGACUUCCAUCACACUGUACGAUGUGCAGGAACUGAAGAGGGCCAUGAAGGGUGCCGGGACAGAUGAGGGCUGCCUGAUCGAAAUUCUGGCUUCUCGUUCCUGUGAAGAAAUCCAGCGCAUUAACGAGACCUAUCAUCGUCAAUACGGAACGACCCUUGAGAAGGACAUUGUCUCAGAUACAUCUUCCACGUUCCGGCACGUGCUGGUGUCUCUAGCUACAGGAAACAGGGACCAGGGAAGCUAUGUGGAUGAAGGCCUUGCUCAGCAAGAUGCCCAGUGCUUGUAUGAAGCCGGGGAGAAGAAAUGGGGGACAAAUGAGGGACAAUUCCUGACUAUCCUCUGUUCAAGAAACAGAAAUCACUUAUUAAAGGUCUUUGAUGAAUACAGAAGGAUCACUAAGAAGGACAUUACAGAAAGCAUUAAAUCUGAGAUGUCGGGAGACCUUGAAGAUGCCUUAUUAGCUGUGGUAAAAUGCAUAAGGAAUAAGCAUGCAUACUUUGCCGAAAGAUUAUACGGUUCCAUGAAGGGUUUAGGGACCGAUGACGAUACCCUCAUUCGAGUGAUGGUGUCGCGCUGUGAAAUUGACAUGUUGGAUAUCAGGCAUGAAUUCAAGAGGAUGUACGGGAAAUCUCUCUACUCCUUCAUCCAGGGAGACACUUCAGGAGACUAUAGGAAAGUCCUACUCUUGCUCUGUGGUGGUGAAGACUAAACCAUGUACAACUUGUUGUCAGGGGAAAGGAGAAAUAGAUCCCAAGAUUUCCCCCCCCCUUAAAAUAGGUUUAGAUAGUGCUAUUAGAAUUGACUUAGGCUAAUCAAUGCCAAUUGCCUCUUAUGAUAUGCUUUUAUUGCUUAGAAUAUGCAAUGGUGCACUAAUUGUGUUACCAGAGCCAGUCAUGCCUUUAACUAGCGUCCAGUGCAGAAUCUCCUGGCUGAAUUACUUCUCCCAGCAGGCUUUGGAAAGACAUGUUUGGAGAAACAGGAGCACUAGAUGAUUUGUAGAGUCUCAGACUCCAUUCUACAGUUGGAUUAUCUGCGCUAGAGAACGGCAUCUUGCUGCAAAAAGGGAAGCAAUAGCUAACAUCCGUCUUAGACUCUGACCAAGGUUCUGUUAAGUGAGCCUGCAAUGAGCUUCAUAUUACCAAGCUCACAUCUAUGUUGCCAUACAGUGCAAUUGCGAGGGUGUAACAGAGGGCUGGAUUCUGCCCACUCCUACAAUCCAUACAAAAUAGGUGGAAAUGAGGGGAGAGUUUAACUAAAGCCUUUACUGCUACUGUAACUUGAUCUAUCUGCAUCUACUACAUGAAUAAUUCUUGAAGACUUGUGACAUCCUACUGCCAUUGAACUUACCGACCAACUGAGGCGGGCUUAGGCACAGACUGCAGAAGACUCUUCACAGGAAAAUAUUAACACCGUCCAUGUGGGAAAAGUACAGAAAACAAGCUUUAUUUCUCUGACUAUAUUCCAGCACAAAGAAAACCAUUAGUCUAAAAUGAAAGGCGUGUCUAUAUCGAAACACUCUAUCGACAUUCCACAUCACUAUGGCUAUUUGUUUAUGUAUAUCAGAAGAUAGGAACAGGAUAUAAUUCACAAGCAGCAAAUUAGAAACUCCAGUAGCCUUAGGCUUAGUCUACACACACACAUUUUGCAUUAAUAUAACUGUUGGUUAAGGGUGUGACUUCACUAAUAUUGUUACACUCGCACAUCCUCUACUGUGGAUGCAGUUUAUAAUCGUAGAGAGGAGCUUGGUGCUGGAAUACCUUAUUCCCCUUUCCAUACAGUAACUGCAUCCACCAGUUAUGCGCCUUUAACUUCACCAUACAGUAAAGCAGUACAACUUUUGUGCAUAGACAAGGCCUUCCACUAAAUGCCUUUUCUGCAGCGAGCUGGUUGAAAGAAGCCAUUCUGUUCAGAAACCUAAUCCACAUUCUGUUUGGUCUGAGGUUAUAUCUUCACUGCAAAAAGUGUGUGUGUUUUACAGCAGAAUAACUAAUGCACCUUAGCUUUCCCUGUCCUACGGUAAAUUCCUCAUGGAGAUCAGGCACUGUGCUCUUAGGCCGUGUCUAUAUGCACAGCACGGCUGUACUCUGCAGCACAUCUGGUGAAGACACUCUGCUGAUGGGAGAGAGCUCUCCCAUUGGCAUAAAGAACCCAUCUCUGUGAGUGGCAGAAGCUAUGUUGGUGGGAAACGCUUAUGUUGAUGUAACUUAUGUCACUCAGGGGUGGUUUAUUCACACCCUUGAGCAACAUGAGUUAUGCCGACACAGCUGUAGUGUAGACCAUAGCCUUAGUGGGAGUUAAAUAAGGGGAGGCUACGCGUGGGCAGAGGUAUAGUGCUAAUCUCAUCUACCUCAUGGUCAAAAGUAGUGUCUACAGUUUUACAGUAGGAGAGGGCUAGCUAAUUAGCAUUAGUUGUCCCACCGUUUGGGUUUGUUUGUUUUUUUUUAAAACAACCACCCAAACCACAUUUUGUAACGCAGUCAUAGCCUGAGUGGUGCAGUAAUUGUUUUUGGAAGGGAGCAGUGUAGGCUGAGCAUGGAAAUAGAAGGCAGGAUCUACUGUGUUGUAAACCCAACUUUACCACUCGCUUUGCUCCCAUUGACUUGGCCAGGUGCAAAACUGGACCCUCUCUCUGGCCUCGGACAAGUCACUUUCCCACUUCGUUCUGCUGUCUUUAUGCUCCCUUCUUCAGAGGAGGGUUGUUGGCAGUAAGUCUAAGCUCUGCAACAAUCUGCUGCUCAGUAAGAAGAAACCACUCAGCCUUAUCACUACUGCAGGUUCACAAGUGCCCUCUGGCUUUACCAUAAAAAUGGCUUGCUGGCCAGUGCUCACUUUUUCAAUGUAAUAAACCAAUCAUUUCUUUA